UGGUCCGUACUUCCUUUGUCUCCCCCUCCUCUGUUUCCCCCACCUCUCUCGCCAGGCCUCUACGCGGAAGGGGUCGUGCCGGGCCGGACUUCGGCGAUGGCAAACCGGACAGUGAAGGACGCGCACAGCAUCCACGGCACUAACCCUCAAUACCUGGUGGAGAAAAUCAUCCGCACUCGCAUCUAUGAAUCCAAGUAUUGGAAGGAGGAGUGCUUCGGCCUCACAGCUGAACUGGUGGUGGAUAAAGCCAUGGAACUGAGAUACACUGGCGGAGUUUAUGGAGGAAAUAUCAAGCCUACACCGUUCUUGUGCUUGACUCUGAAGAUGCUGCAGAUACAGCCUGAAAAGGAUAUCAUUGUUGAAUUUAUAAAGAAUGAAGAUUUCAAGUAUGUAAGAUUGCUGGGUGCAUUGUACAUGAGACUGACAGGCACUGCUAUAGAUUGCUACAAAUACCUAGAACCUUUGUACAAUGAUUAUCGAAAAAUAAAAAGCCAAAAUAGAAAUGGGGAGUUUGAACUAAUGCACGUGGAUGAGUUUAUUGAUCAACUGCUCCACGAUGAGCGAGUUUGUGAUGUCAUUUUACCUAGACUACAGAAACGAUAUGUCCUAGAAGAGGCUGAACAACUGGAACCACGAAUUAGCGCUUUGGAAGAAGAUAUGGAUGAUGUGGAAUCCAGCGAGGAGGAGGAAGAAGAGGACGAAAAGAUGGAGCGAGUUCCCUCACCUGAUCACAGGAGAAGAGGCUACAGGGAUCUAGACAAACCCCGCAGAUCUCCAACUCUGCGUUAUAGAAGAAGCCGAAGCAGAUCUCCUAGAAGGCGAAGCCGAUCCCCGAAGAGGAGAAGUCCAUCACCACGUCGGGAAAGGCAUCGCAGCAAGAGCCCAAGGCGACACCGAAGUAGAUCUAGGGAAAGACGCCACAGAUCAAGAUCUAAAUCUCCAGUAGGGCAUCAUCGUAGCCAUAGACAUCGAAGUCAUUCCAAGUCCCCAGAAAGAUCUAAAAAGAGCCACAAGAAGAGUCGUCGGGGAAAUGAAUGAACCUAGAGAGUUCAAGAAUCUGAGCCACCACUUCUUUUCUUGUAGAUAUCAGGCAUCAGGAUGGGUAGAAGCUGCUGUGACAGCUAAUAAUUUUUGUAUUCGCUUAGUUUCUUGGACAACGUUUUCUUUGACAACAUAAUAUUCUUUGUUUAACUUGAGGGGACAUUCAUUCAGUGUAUGUUCAUAUGUUUUUUCAUUAAAGAAGUGUUGUGUAAAAAAUUCUUUUGACAGCCAGUACUGUACUUGCUUAAAACUAUAUAAGAGCAAGGUACAAUGAAUUGUUUAAAUUCAUUGUGAAACCUAUUAUGAAAGUCUUGCUUUUGGGGUAUUUGUAUAACAAUUUUUAUGUAACUCAUAAUUUUAUCAUCCAACAAGCUGUUCAAAAAUGUACAUAAUUCUGUAGGGAAUUACUUCAGGUGUGGGGCAAGAAGGAAAGUACUAUUGUAACUUCUUUAUUAAAAUCUUUGAUAAACAAGCUGC